AUGAGGGUGGACUUUAGUUUUGCUAAGAAGAUCAGUUUUUGCAAGAAGACGUGGACGUUCUGUGGGAUGCCGGAGUACGUCGCUCCAGAGAUCAUUCUGAACAAGGGUCACGACGUCUCUGCAGACUAUUGGUCUCUGGGCAUCCUGAUGUACAAGCUGCUGACCGGCAGCCCUCCGUUUUCAGGUCCUGACCCGAUGAAAACCUACAACGUCAUCCUGAGAGGCAUCGACAUGAUCAAGUUCCCAAAGAAGAUCACCAAAAACGCAGCCAGCCUCAUCAAGAAGCUCUGCAGAGAUAAUCCAUCAGAAAGACUUGGAAACCUGAAAAAUGGAGUCAAAGACAUCCAGAAGCAUAAGUGGUGUGAAGGUUUUAACUGGGAGGGUCUGAAGAAAGGAACUCUGACUCCGCCCAUCAUACCUGGUGUAAGUAUAAAAAAACACAAAUGUGCACAAAAAUAUAUUAAAAACAGAAAGCAGGGAAGAUAA